ACGGUGAACCUUGACCUGAAGAAGACCUGUCCUCCCCCUCCCUCGCCGAGAAGAUGGCGCUCUCCAGGCUGUGCUGGGCUCGAGCUGCUCUGCGGGGUUCGGCGGUCACCCCUCGACCUUAUGUCACGCGGAGGCUGCAGCUUGUUCGCUCUGGACUGGCCUGGGGAGCCCCCUGGUCUGCAAAGCUCCACCUUUCCCCGAAGGCAGAUGUGAAGAGCUUAAUCUCGUACGUGGCGACUAAGACCAAAGUGAUCAAUGGGAAAUACCAUCGGUUUUUGGAACGUAAUUUCCCCCGCUUCUAUCUCCUGUACACCACCUUCACAAAAGGAUUGCAGAAGUUAUGGGCUGAUGCCAAAAAGUCUAGAAGAAUAAAGGCAGAUAUGGUGAAGCACAAUGUAAAGUUUCAUCAACUUUCAUACCGGGAGAUGGAGCAUUUGAGACAGUUUCGUCGAGAUAUCACCAAGUGUUUUUUUCUGGGUAUUAUUUCCAUUCCACCCUUUGCCAACUACCUGGUCUUCUUGCUAAUGUACCUGUUUCCUAGGCAACUGCUGAUUAGACAUUUCUGGACCCCAAAGCAACAAAUUGAUUUCUUACAUAUUUAUCAUGAUAUCCGGAAAAAGUCCCACCCAGAAAUCCUUUCUUAUUUGGAAAAAGUUAUCCCUCUCAUUUCUGAUGAAGGACUCCGGUGGCAUAUGACAGAGCUGUGCACCAAGAUACAGCGUGGUACCCACCCAGCAAUACAUGAGAUCCUAGCUCUGAGAAAGAGUUUCUCUAACCAUCCUUUGGGCAUGAAUCAACUCCAUACUUCGCAAAUAAAAGCCUUGAGUCGAGCCAUGCUUCUCACAACUUACCUGCCUUCUCCCUUGUUAAGACAUCGUUUAAAGACUCAUACCACUGUGAUUCAUCAACUAGACAAGGCUUUGGCAAAGCUGGGGAUUAACCAGCUGACUGAUCAGGAAGUGAAAUCGGCUUGUUAUCUUCGUGGCUUGAAUUCUACCCAUAUUGCUGAAGAGCGGUGUCGAACUUGGCUGGCAGAAUGGCUGCAGAUUUCCUGCAACCUGAAAGAAGCUGAGCUGUCUCUUUUGCUUCACAACGUGGUCCUGCUUUCCACCAACUACAUUGGGACACGGCGCUGAGUGAGCAUGGAGCGAUGGCAUUGUCCUGCCGUCAGUCCAGCAGCGUGGGACCAACCAGCACUUGUCGGCGGAGUCUAGGUGCCGUUAGAUGUAUGAGGCAGAGGAGCCGGUGCCACGAGCUUCCGUGUGGUACACUCGUGGGAGCUGGAACUGAAACAAACCCUCUUACCAGGGGUAGCCCUUGGGAGCUUCAUCCCAACUUCCUUGGAAUUAACUGACACUGGAAGCAGCCACUGUACUAGGCUGUUACUGUAAUAUGCUAAUUUCAGAUUCUGGGAAGUGAGCUUCGGCCCAGGUGGGAAUCCUCCUUUGGCCUAGGACUUAUUCACUGCCAUAUUCUUUUGAGCUGUUUUUGUUCAAGCCAUUUUCUGGCCGGUGAGGGGAACAGCACUACUUAAACUAGAGCACUUACAUGCAUGCACUAUGAUGCUCCCCUCAACCCUGAGAUGACCAAAAAUAGGAAUUUUUUUGUCCCCCUCAGUGGGUUAACCUCUUUCCUUUUCAAAUCCUUUUACCACCUUUACUUUUUUUUAGUGAAUAACGUAUGGGAACAUUCUAAUGGACAAGAUACAAGGAACUACAAGUCCUUCUUGACUGCUUACCCAAUAUUUAUAACCUUCACACCCUUGUCUUAAUUUCUGGUCUGUGCCACAACCUGUGGAUCUUAAACUCUUCGCUACCUCCACUGUGUUGCAGCCAUCCAACUUUAACUGAAAAUGGCUGCCUUUGGCCAUGGAUCAAACCUGUACAGUACUAACCCGCCCAGGAGACCAGGAGAGAUCUGCAUCAAGACAGUAGGUUGGGCUUAGCUUUUGUCUGUGAAGGCAUAUCAGUGGCCUGUAGUAACUUACUGUAAAUGCAUGAAGCCCUGUUUUUAACCCAAGUAAAGACUGUCUGAAAUCA